AUGUCGAUGCCGCGCCCGCCGCCCCGGGCCUUGAGGCUCCUUCACAGCAGCCCGUCCCGCGCGGCGGCCCGACGCGCGCCCGACCCCCGCGUGCGCGACCUCGCCACCCCCCAGCAGGACGAAUACGCCGUCCUCCGCGACCACUACGCAACGCCCAAGCACCCCAUCGUGCUGGCCCACGGCCUCCUCGGCUUCGCCCAGCUGCGCCUCACGCCCGGCCUGUCCAUCCCCUACUGGCGCGGCAUCCGCGAGGCCCUCGCCGCGCAGGGCGCGCACGUCAUCGCCGCGACGGUCCCCCCGACGGGCACCAUCGCCGACCGCGCGGCCCAGCUGGCGCGCGCCAUUGCCGCCGGCGCGCCCGGCGUCCCCGUCAACAUCGUCGCCCACAGCAUGGGCGGCCUCGACGCGCGGCACAUGAUCGCCUUGCCGCCCGCGGCAGAAGGCGGCGUCGGCGUCGGCGUCGGCGUGCGCGUCGCGUCGCUGACGACGGUGUCGAGCCCGCACCGCGGGUCCGCCCUCGCCGACUGGGCGCUCCGCCCGGCCUGGCGGCGCCGGCUGCUGCGCGGGGCGGCGCCGGCCGUCGCGCAGCUGACCCCGCGGCGGAUGGAGGCCUUCAACGCCCGCGUGCGCGACGACCCGCGCGUGCGGUACUUCUCCUACGGGGCCGACGCGGGCGCGCCGCCGCUGCUGAGCCCGUUCCGCCUGGCCGCCGGGGUGCUGGCCCGCGCCGAGGGCCCCAACGACGGGCUGGUCAGCGUGGCCAGCAGCCGCUGGGGGGAGUACCGCGGCACCCUGGAAGGCGUGAACCACCUCGACCUGAUAAACUGGCCGAACCGGGUGCGGUGGGCCGUGGGCCGCUGGACGGGCGCAGGCGGCACCGGCUUCAACGCCGUGGCGUUUUACCUGGCCGUGGCGGACAUGCUGGCCAGGGAGGGCUUGUGA